AUGAUUGGACUAGUCGACACCGUUAUCUUCGUUAUGCUGGUUCUCUAUAUCUGCACCUUGGGAUUUAGAGACUUCAAGCGUGGCAUUCAGCCCGCCAUGUCAAAUCUACAGCCAGUCUCCUGGUUCUGGUGUUCUUCAAACUCUGACCGUCGCUUGUUUACCGGCCACCUUUCUAGCGCUCCGAUUCAGGGUCCUAUAGAGAGCUAUGAGGUGUUUUGUGGUUGGAUUUCGUCCCAAAAAGGUAUUCUUAAUCUCUGGCACAUGUAUACGUCCAUCUUGGCGGAUGAAUUUUCGAUGCAGUUCAUAGGUGUGUUGGUUGCAAAGAAGGUAUGGCAUGAUGAUAUGACAACGGCAAUCCUUGAUGAGAAUUCAUGCCAUUACCUAUUUAGUUUCAACCCUAAUACGUUGCGGUUUCUGAAGGAAUUUCUAUGUUCCGCUGUCCAGGCCAUGCAUGGGGAGCCUCAUGGUUGGCAUACAGUUUGGAUCGCAGAGACUAUACUGGUUGAUGCGCGCGUUUGUUUCAAAGAGGUCGAGACACUAUGCUCUGACAUCACCGUGCUUGAUACUGCGAAGACGGCCGUCCGGGUAUAG